UAAAAUCAUGGAAACUGUUUAAUGACUGUGUGACUAUCUUUGUUCCCCAGUUUCAAUGGAAAAUAUCGCAACAGCCUGUGAUCAACAACUUUCUGCAGGACCGUGAUAUACACUUCCAUUAAACCCCAGCUAUAAACCAAGAUGAAUGCCAAACAUAUGAUAGGAGAAGGCAUGCACCAGCUGCAACUGACGGCGCGGCUGCGGCUGAUGCUGUGGUGCAUCCUGCUGGGGCUGCAGCCAGCCUUCGGAGGCAUCCUGGACCCCUUCAACUGGGCACGCUCCGACCGGAUCGAGGUCAACAUACCCUGGCUGCCAUUUGAGAACGAGACGCGAUGCUACGACGACCUCGGCUGCCUGAACAUCACCCGCAGCUGGUACCACCUCAUCCACCGCCCCUUCAACGUGUUUCCGCUGCCAAGGGUCGUCAUCAACACCAGGUUCAUACUAUACACGAAGAAGAACCCGACAGACGGUCAGCUUCUGAACGUGAACGUCAACAAGACCAUCGUGAAGUCCAACUUCAAGUCGCACCGACUGACCAAAAUGAUCAUACACGGUUUCAUCGACACGCCACUCUCUAACUGGGUGAGCGAGAUGAAGGACGAGCUGGUGAAGGCGGGCGACUACAACGUGGUGGUGGUGGACUGGGCGGGCGGCAGUCUGCCGCUGUACACGCAGGCCACGGCCAACACGCGCCUCGUGGGCCUGGAGGUGGCGCACUUCGUCAACACGCUGCAGAAAGACCACGGUCUCAAUCCUCUGGACGUGCACAUAAUAGGGCAUUCUCUCGGGGCCCAUACUGCAGGCUACGCUGGGGAACGAAUACAAGGGCUGGGUCGCAUCACGGGGCUGGACCCGGCCGAGCCGUACUUCCAGGGCAUGCCCACCCACGUGAGACUCGACCCCACCGACGCAGAGUUCGUCGACGUCAUACACACCGACGGGAAGAGCAUCUUCCUUCUAGACUUUGUGUUUAUGGCAGGGUACGGGAUGUCCCAGCCGGUGGGGCACCUGGACUUCUACCCGAACAAUGGGAAGGAGCAGCCAGGGUGCGACCUGACGGAGGGGCCGCUGGUGCCGCUCACGCUGGUCAAGCAGGGGCUGGAGGAGGCCUCCCGCGUGCUGGUGGCCUGCAACCACGUGCGCGCUAUCAAAUUGUUUACGGACUCUAUCAACAACAAAUGCCCGUAUAUAGGUCACCAGUGUCCAUCCUACCAGCACUUCUUGGCUGGCAAGUGUUUCCACUGCGGCCACGGCUGCGCCAUCAUGGGAUUUCACGCUGACAGCUCUCCUGGCCUCAUCACUGAUAAGAACAAUAAUUCAGAGAACGAAGUGUACCCUUCUGAGGAGCAGGAAACGAUUGGGGCGAAGUACUACCUGAGCACUGGAAAGGAAAUGCCGUUUUGCCAGCGUCAUUACCGAAUCGCAAUACAGUUGGCGAAUCCUAAAGGAGCGGAAUCUUGGGUCCAGGGUUUCUUGAAAGUGACGUUACUAUCAGACCGUGGAGUGAUAAGAGGAAUGGACCUCACUCCUGCAAACUAUGUUAAAUUGGAACAUGGCACCACUUACACAAUCGUUGUUACAAAUCCUAUGGAUUUAGGAGGAAAAGUGAGAAAGGUGGAGUUGUCGUGGGAGUACGACAUGAACGUGCUGGAGCCGCGCUCGCUGUGCAUCCUGUGGUGCAACGACCGGCUCUACGUCAAAUCCGUGCUCGUGGACCAGAUGGAGCUGCCGAGUAGAGGGAAACGGAACGUAGACUUCAGCAGCAAGCUGUGCACGCCGAAACGUGAAUUCGCUGAAAUACCCAACCGAGGGUCCGCCAGUUUCUACGAAAACAACUGUGGAAGAUAGCCGUGCCAUACAAAAUGACAUAGAUUGUACCUAUUUAACAUUAUUUGACUUAUGUAGUUAUAGUCAAGUGGAAAAAGCUUUAAAUUACCAGUGCGCUCCAAGGGUCUUGAACAAUGCAAGACAUUCGUAAUCUUGGAGCUUACUACCGGACACUUGUGAAGUGCCAGAUCUCGGCUGAAUUAGAAAACAAAAAGGAUCUGAAUUUUGAUUUCCGUUGUAGAGAGAAAAUUUGGAGUGUAAAGAAAACAGUGUGUUGAGAUUUAAUACAGGGGAUGAAAACUGUAAGCUAGGUCACUUUAUUAUUCAUACAAAAAUAGAAGACGCUAAUAUUUUAUUGUGAGACUGUUUUAGAAGAGCGAUGGUGAUAAAUAGUUCUUUAGCAUGAUAAAAUAUUACGUAUGGACUUUUCGUGUGAAUAAGUUUUUAGCCUCAGGAGCAGUGAGUGAUGGUCAGUGAGGACGAAAUACUCAUAUAUAAUUUAAGUUAUAGUUCACUUACUCCCUGAACCUGAUUUAAUAAAAAUGUAAGUAACUACUUACGUUCAUUAUUUUGGAACUUGUUAAGCGACUGAUGCAUUUAUUGCACUUAUGUACCUACAUACUGCGCCAGGUACCUGACCAUCUAAAUAAGGUACUUAUCUAAUUCCAUUCAAGAUUGUUCUUAUUUAACUGUACCUAUAGGUGAUAAGUAGAUACAUUAUCUUAUUCUAUGGUGAUGUUGAAGCCAGUAUGACGGCCGUGCAUAAAGAAACAUUUUGAUAAUAGUGUACAGACUUUCCCUAUAUCAUCGUAUAUCAUUUAAUACUAUCCUUAUCAUACCCUUAUAAUUAUAACAGCCGCCAUAUUCAUUUUGUUUCUUUAUUCACGGCUGUUAUAACUAAUUCGAAAUUCUUCAUGUAGGUAUAUGUAUAGUUGUUUUGUCUGUAUAUUUUACCUAGGUACGCUGUUAUUAAUUGUUUUUUUUUCUCUAUUGUACAUAUAGUUUAAGUAAUUAGCAUAGUGUUAAUACUGUUUAAACACGGACAUCUUAUUUAUUUAAAAAAGUGAGUUGUUAAGUACUUGCCGAAUAAAAUUA